AUUCGCCGUGAAAAUUAACGAAUGCAACAUUCAAAGACCCUGUAUGAAAAGGGACUCUUAAAGAAUCUAAAAAUGUUAACACAACGUCAAUAUUCGAAUUUCAAAUUUGUAGCGCGUUUGGAUCAGAUCAAGACAUUUUACACCGGCAUUAAGGCUUUAAAUUUUGAAAACAAUGGCAAGUUUCAAAUAAGCGAAGAAGGCCUGCGUGUCACCGUGGAGGAGGGUAAUUGUGUGCAAGCAAAUCUUUAUAUGACUGCAACAUGUUUUGCCGAAUUCCAUGUUGUCGAUACGGUGACCUUUGGUCUAAAUAUGAAUAUCAUCUCCGAGUGUUUGGGUCUAUUCGCCGGCAUACCAUGCAGCUUGAAAAUGUUCUACAAAGGCAAUGGUGCACCACUGGUGCUCGUACUGCGUCCUAACGAUGAACCUGAUAUAUCAGCAGAAUGUUCUAUUAAAACUACCAACGUCGAUGAAGUUAUAGACUAUAAUCUUGAUGAGGAUAGUGCUAGCUUAAAUGUGGUAUUUAUACGCGGACCGGCACUCGCGUCACUCAUACAAGAGUUAAAUAAAGCGGCCGAUGAAUUGCGAAUAACUUUGUCACCGCGCACGCCACAUUUUAAAAUCGAGACAUUGGGUGUGAUGAAAACCGAGACGUUCGUUGAAGUGGCCAAAACUAGUGAUAUGAUCAUGUUGUUCAAUUGCCGCGAAACCACGUCGGCAUGUUAUCGCAAUACAGAAAUGCGUAUGACACACAAAGCACUGGCAGCCGCCACAAAAGUUGCGAUCAAAACGGAUGCAAGUGGCUUACUUGAAAUGCACUUUAUGAUGCAAUCCGAGGAGCAGGCGGAGGUGUAUGUACAGUUCUAUAUAAUGCCGUUGGCGGAUAUUUAGCAUUUAAAAAUUUGUUGCUGUUAUAGCGUGUACACUUUUUUCAUUUUAUAUUAUAGUUUCUGUGAAAU